CUUUGUUACUUAGGUCUGAAGAGUUAAAAACUCAUAGCAUCUCUCUUCUUUCUAAACAUCGGCGAGAGGAGAGUUCUUGACACCAUCAAUAUCUAAAAGAAACUAUUAUGGCUGGGGAACUUACUUCGUUUGGUAUACAAAAGCUUUGGGGUCUACUGAGUCAAGAAUGCGAGCUAUUUCGGGGAGUCGAGGAUCAAGUUACUGGACUAAAAUGUGAUAUAAACUGGCUGAGCUCUUUUUUAAAGGAUGCAGAUACAAAGAAACAUACAAGUGCGGUGGUGAAAACCUGUGUUGAAGAGAUCAAGGAAAUUAUUUUUGAUGGAGAGGAUACUAUAGAAACCUUUCUUCUUAAGCAAAACCUUGGAAGAUCAACUGGAAUCAAGAUGCGUAUCAAAAGACUUGCUUGCAUUAUUCCAGAUCGCAGGGAAAAUUCAUUAGAUGUUGCAGGCAUACGUAAGAGGAUCUCCGAAGUUACCCGAAAAAUGAAGAGUUUUGGAGUAGUACAACAAAUUAUCACUGAUGACGGGUAUAUGCAAAUGCAACCUCUAUAUAUUAGACAAAAGGAGAUGCGAAAGACAUUUCCUAAAGACAACGAGAGUGGCUUCAUGGCAAUGGAGGAAAAUGUUAAAACAUUGGUUGGACAUUUAGUGGAGGAAGAUAACGUUCAAGUGGUUUCCAUAACUGGAAUGGGUGGUCUUGGUAAAACUACCCUUGCUAGACAAGUUUUUAAUCAUGAGGAUGUACAACGUCAUUUUGAUGGGCUCGCAUGGGUGUGUGUUUCGCAAGAUUUUACUCGGAAGAAUGUAUGGCAAAAGAUUUUGGAGGAUCUCAAGCCCAAAGAAGAAGAAAAUAUAAUAUUGGAGAUGACAGAACAAAAGAAAAUCUUGGAGAUGACUGAAUCCACACUCCAAAGUGAACUAUAUCGACUGUUGGAAACGUCUAAGUCAUUAAUUGUCCUUGACGACGUAUGGAAGAGAGAAGAUUGGGAAGUAAUCAAACCGAUAUUUCCACCGACAAAAGGUUGGAAACUGUUGGUUACUUCUCGAAAUGAGAGUAUCGUUGGGCCUAGAAAUACAACAUAUAGCAACUUAAAACCAAAAUUUCUAACCACUGAAGACAGUUGGACACUUUUCCAAAGGAUAGUAUUUGCAUCAGAAAUUAAGAUUGAUGAGGAAAUGGAAGAGUUGGGUAAGCAAAUGAUCAAAUGUUGUGGAGGGCUACCAUUGGCAAUCAAAGUGCUAGGAGGUAUGUUAGCUGAAAAAUACACACUGCAUGAUUGGAGAAGGUUAUCUGAGAAUAUUGGAUCUCAUCUCGUGGGAGGAAGAACUGAUUUUAACGACGACAACAACAAUUCAUGUAACUAUGUAUUGUCUCUGAGUUUUGAAGAGUUGCCUAGUUAUUUGAAGCAUUGUUUCCUCUACCUAGCCCAUUUUCCAGAAGAUCAUGAGAUAAACGUAGAGAAAAUGUAUUAUUAUUGGGCUGCAGAAGGAAUAUUCGAACCUAGGCAUUAUGAUGGAGAGAUCAUUCGAGAUGUUGGAGAUGUCUACAUUGACGAGCUGGUGAGGAGAAACAUGGUCAUUUCCGAAAGAGAUGUUACAACUUUGAGGUUUGAAACUUGUCAUUUGCAUGACAUGAUGAGAGAAAUAUGUUUGUUGAAAAGCAAAGAAGAGAACUUCCUGCAAAUCACUAGUAGCCGCCCUUCAACUGCAAGCUUUAAUCAAUCUACUGUCACGUCUCGCAGAUUUGUCUCACAUAAUCCUACAACUUUACAUGUUGAGAGAGACAUAAACAAUUCAAAACUUCGAUCUCUAAUGGUUGUUCAGGUGAAUAAAUCAUGGGGAGCAAGAUGGAAGCUGUCAGGUUCAAGUUACACAAGGUUAGAACUUCUGAGGGUGUUAGAUCUCUCUGAUGCUGAAUUUAGAGGAAGGAAGUUAGCUUCUGGAAUAGGGAAGCUCAUACACUUAAGAUACUUGAGCUUAAAGGAUGCUAAGGUAUCUCAUUUACCUUAUUCACUAGGUAAUUUGAAGUUGUUGAUCUACCUAGAUUUAGACAUUCGGGUCACAGGAUCCAAAUUUGUGCCUAAUGUCUUAAUGGGGAUGCAAGAAUUGAGAUACCUUGUGUUACCAGAUUAUAUGGGGUGGAGGACUAAGUUGGAACUGAGUAAUCUCGUAAAGUUGGAGAGUAUGAAAAAUUUCUCAACUAUGAAUAGCAGCUUAGAGGAUCUUUGUGGUAUGAUCAGGCUAAGGACUCUCACCAUCAAACUAUUUGACGAGACGAGUAUGGAAACUCUAUCUGCAUCAAUAGGUGGAAUGAGACACUUGGAAACUCUUAAUAUUAUACAGUUUUGGAGGAGGAUGAAAGAAGAAAUAAAAUUGGAUUUUGUUCAUGUAAAGAAGAUGAGUUUGCGUCUACGUAUGCCAAAACUUCCUAAAGAGGAACACUUCCCUUCUCGGCUUACGGUCUUAAAGCUAUGUUUAUGUCGUUUGAAGAAGGAUCCAAUGCCAAUUCUAGAGAAUUUGCUUCAGUUGAAAGUGGUUUGGUUAGAUUUUAAAUCUUUCAGUGGGAGGAGAAUGGUUUGCUCAGACAGUGGAUUUCCUCAAUUGCAGGAGCUCACAAUAUGGGGACUAAACAAUUGGGAAGAGUGGAUAGUAGAAGAAGGCUCCAUGCCCUUUCUUCAUUCUCUGCGUAUUUCGAGAUGUCAAAAGUUAAAGGAGCUUCCUGAUGGGAUGAGAUUCAUCACUUCUUUAAAGAACUUGAGUAUGGAUGAGAAAUGGAAGAAGAGACUGUCGGAAGAAGGAAAAGAUUAUUACAAAGUCCAACACGUUCCUUCUAUUAAAUUCAUAAGAAACGAUAGAUUUAAAGGAGCUUCCCGAUGGGAUCUAAUUUCAUCUAUUAUUUAAAGGGGCACUGAGUAUAGAUGAGAAAAUGAUUCUAAAAAUGUACCUACAUAGUUCAAAUAUUGUUGUCUUGAUGUCUUUUAGUUGUAUAAACUUGCACGAUCAUAUUAUUGUAUAUAAGUUGAAAGUAUCGUGACAGAAGAACACCUAUACUUUGUGCUUAAAUAUCAGCAUUUGCUUCUUCUU